CGCACGCGUGUUGGCCAUUUGCGCGGUGGCCAUAGCCAGUUCACAACGACGAGAUACAUCGUUGCAAUAUAUCGUCGAAAUAUUGCUCGUGAACGAGUGAACGCGCGCAGACAACAACGCCUAGAUUAGUGAAGAUAACGGACCUCGAUAAUAUCGCUUACACAACGUACUUUCGGGCGUAGAUAGUCGGUGCAGGGUAUUGCUAUCGCAGCCCAACGCCGAUCAAUGUGAAGCCCACGUAAGCGAGAGUCGUGAAGGCCAACAUUGACUUGUGCUGUGGACUUCCUCUUAUAUAAGCACAGUUAGCUCGGUAUCCUCGCACGGCAGUGUCAACGCGUUCGCCGCGCAGCGAGUACGAGUGGUAAUAAACGCUCGCCUGCAUGAUCGUGCAAUUAGCUGAUUAAAACUUAUGAGUAAUUAGAAAUAAAGAGAUCUGUGAAAACUUGCGUGAAACGACUACAAACGUCAAAUCAGGAUACUUUCGUACCGGCAUAAUUUUACUUGAAUUUGUGGCGAAUCUUUUUAAACUCAAGUGACUAUUCCAUGACGAUAAGGAUGCGCACUCCACGCGACCACACAUAGGGCGGCCACAGAGUGCUCUAUAAAUACGUGUGUCAUAAACGCCACGAUCGAUCGAUCGAGAUACUUUGUAAACGAUGCGAUACACAGCAUAGUUUGAAUCGCAUUAGCCUAGCCGCGAUUACAGCAGCGCCUCGAGAUAGCGAGCGAGCCGCAGAGUUUAUACUGCAAUUUAUAAUAAAUUAUUAAACUACCGCACUUUCGGAGCACUGCAAAAAUGAGUGGCGGCGGGCACAACAGAAACGUUUUUACAUACGACACGCUGGUGCACGCAAUAUCCGGUGCGGCAGGUAGCGUCGUCGCGAUGGCAGCCUUCUAUCCGUUGGAUACCGUGCGAAGUCGUUUGCAAUUGGAGGAGGGUCGCCAGUCGAAAAAUACAUUAGCGACCAUACGAGAACUCGUUGCGAAAGAGGGACCGUACACGUUGUAUAGAGGCAUAGUACCCGUUCUACAGAGCCUGUGUGCGAGUAACUUCGUUUAUUUCUACACAUUCCAUGGCUUGAAAGAGUUGCGAAGCAGGAGUCAGACGGCUGGCAGCGAUUUACUUAUCGCGUCGAUUGCUGGUGUGAUUAACGUUCUUACCACGACACCGUUAUGGGUUGUGAACACGAGACUAAAGAUGCGAGGUAUCGGUGUCACGCCAGAAAGAAAUAACAACGAAUACACAACUUUGUACGACGGUCUUAAACACAUAUGGAAGUAUGAAGGUUUGGACAAACUGUGGGCAGGAACGUUGCCAAGUCUGAUGCUUGUCGCGAAUCCCGCUAUCCAAUUUAUGACGUACGAGAGCAUCAAGAGAAAGGUCGGUGUAUCUUUUGGCGGUGCUCAACCGCCGGCAUGGGUUUUCUUCGCCAUGGGUGCGAUAGCGAAAGCGAUAGCCACAUCGUUAACGUAUCCUCUGCAGCUCGUGCAAACGAAAUUGAGGCAUGGACAUAAAUUUCCCAAUCUACCUCCGAACGCAGGCACACUGCAAAUAUUAUUCUACAUUCUGAAUUGCGAGAUGGACGUCGACACUGCGAGUGACAAUACAUCCAUUGACGACAAGAUCGAUGAUUUCUGCGAGAAUCCGACGCGCGAUGCGUUAACGGAAGGUCUUAUGAGCCUCCUGAAGCCUACGGUGGAUCAACUGGACGAGAGGAUUCGCGCUACGAGAAUAUGUCAGAUAGAGCUGAAGCAGCGAAUCGAGUCCUUGACGGAGGAACUUCAGAGAGUUAACGACGCCUUGCAGUACCCGUUGGAGACGGACUCUUACGUAAAGAAGCUGAUCAACGCCAAGCACAAGAUCACCAUCGUUAGCAACAUCCUGCAGACCACUCAGGAGCGAUUGAACAAGGUGCAUCAGGCGGUCGAGAAGAGCACCGCCAAGAGAAAGACGCUGUUAGACAGCAGUAGUUCUUCUUACGGCAGCGCUAAUGUUGAGCCGGACAAGGAACAGCCAGCUGAAGGCGCAGCUGCGACUGACAAGCAACAGUAAAUUCUGACGUUGCUGAUCGUGAUACUAAUCA